CAGCGGCAGAGGAGGAUCCGUUGGAGCAGUUUGCGCGCAUCGACCACGGCAGGCAGUCACGCACCGGCAUGCCCGAGGUGGUGUACGGGCAGGGCAAGUCAGCGCAGCAGAUAGCCGCUAUCCUCACGGCCAUGGCAGAGAGGGCCAGCCAAGCCGGCGAUCAAGGAGGCGGCCAGAGGGUUGUGAUGGCCACCAGGGUUGAUGCCGAGGCUGCACAGCAGGUGUGUGCGCUGCUGCCCUCCGCCAUCUACCACCCCCUGGCCCGUGUGCUGCACCUGCCGUUGCCCCUGCCCCCAGGAGGCACAGAGACGAGUGGGGCAGCCGAGAGUGGUGCUGGGGGUGGUGCUGACAGCGCUGCUGCUGCUGACAGCACUGGUGGCAGUGGUGGUGGGAGAGAAACGGCAUGCGGGCAUGUGAUGGUGGUGACGGCCGGUACCACUGACCUUCCAGUGGCUGAGGAGGCGAGGGUGACUCUAGAGCUCAUGGGGGUGCCGGUGGGCGUCAUCGCUGACGUGGGCGUGGCGGGGCUGCACCGCGUCAUCACCCAGCUCCCCAGGAUCCGGCAGGCGGCGGUGGUGAUAGUGGUGGCGGGCAUGGAUGGUGCGCUGCCAAGUGUCAUCUCGGGACUGGUGGACAUGCCAGUCAUUGCCGUGCCCACCAGCCCUUCCACCCUGCAUUCCCCCUCUUACUCCCUGCAUUCCCCCUCUCACUCCCUGCAUUCCCCCUCUCACUCCCUGCAUUCCCCCUCUCACUCCCUGGAUUCCCCCUCUCACUCCCUGCAUUCCCCCUCUCACUCCCUGCAUUCCCCCUCUCACUCCCUGCAUUCCCCCUCUCACUCCCUGCAUUCCCCCUCUCACUCCCUGCAUUCCCCCUCUCACUCCCUGCAUUCCCCCUCUCACUCCCUGCAUUCCCCCUCUCACUCCCUGCAUUCCCCCUCUCACUCCCUGCAUUCCCCCUCUCACUCCCUGCAUUCCCCCUCUCACUCCCUGCAUUCCCCCUCUCACUCCCUGCAUUCCCCCUCUCACUCCCUGCAUUCCCCUCUCACUCCCUGCAUUCCCCCUCUCACUCCCUGCAUUCCCCCUCUCACUCCCUGCAUUCCCCCUCUCACUCCCUGCAUUCCCCCUCUCACUCCCUGCAUUCCCCCUCUCACUCCCUGCAUUCCCCCUCUCACUCCCUGCAUUCCCCCUCUCACUCCCUGCAUUCCCCCUCUCACUCCCUGCAUUCCCCCUCUCACUCCCUGCAUUCCCCCUCUCACUCCCUGCAUUCCCCCUCUCACUCCCUGCAUUCCCCCUCUCACUCCCUGCAUUCCCCCUCUCACUCCCUGCAUUCCCCCUCUCACUCCCUGCAUUCCCCCUCUCACUCCCUGCACUCCCCCUCUCACUCCCUGCAUUCCCCCUCUCACUCCCUGCAUUCCCCCUCACUCCCUGCAUUCCCCCUCUCACUCCCUGCAUUCCCCCUCUCACUCCUUGCAUUCCCCCUCUCACUCCCUGCAUUCCCCCUCUCACUCCCUGCAUUCCCCCUCUCACUCCCUGCAUUCCCCCUCUCACUCCCUGCAUUCCCCCUCUCACUCCCUGCAUUCCCCCUCUCACUCCCUGCAUUCCCCCUCUCACUCCCUGCAUUCCCCCUCUCACUCCCUGCAUUCCCCCUCUCACUCCCUGCAUCCCCCCUCUCACUCCCUGCAUCCCCCCUAUAUCCCAUGCCCCCCAAUACGCGUAGUGAAGCUGGCAUGGUUGUGUAGUACUUUGUGCCGUUUCGAAUGCCCUCUCGCCGCCUUCCUAUCUCAUCUCGCUCGCCCUCCCGUUCCGAUCGACCGUCCCGUCGCCGUCCCGUCGCCCUCCUGCCGUCAUCUCCAUUACCCCUCUCCUCCAAUCACCCUCGCGAUUUUCCCGUCGCUCUCUCUCUCUCUCGCCGCUCCCUUUCCUGAACCAAUCGCCUUCUCCUCUCCCUUCUCGUCGCUCUCUCUCUCGCCGCUCCCUUUCCGUUGCAAUCGCCUUCUCCCAUCCCUUCCCGUCGCUCUAUCUCUCUCCCCUCCCUUCCUGUCGCUCUAUCUCUCUCCCCUCCCUUCCCGUCGCUCUUGCUCUCUCCCCUCCCUUCCCGUCGCUCUCUCUCUCGCCGCUCCCUUCCCGGCGCGCUCUCUCUCUCGCUGCUCCCUGCGCGUCGCUCUCUCUCUCGCCGCUCCCUUUCCUGAACCAAUCGCCUUCUCCUCUCUCUUCUCGUCGCUCUCUCUCUCGCCGCUCCCUUUCCGUUGCAAUCAAAUUCUCCCAUCCCUUCCCGUCGCUCUAUCUCUCUCCCCUCCCUUCCCGUCACUCUUGCUCUCUCCGCUCCCUUCCCGUCGCGCUCUCUCUCUCUCUCUCUCGCUGCUCCAUGCGCGUCGCUCUCUCUCACGCCGCUCCCUUCCCGUCGCCCUAGAUGCAGCCGUCGCAAAUUCCUCUCCCACCCACCAUCACCCACCCCAUCGCCUUCCCGCUCGCCACGAAACGCCUUCCCGUCCCCCACCCACUUUCUCCUCCCAUCGCCUGCCUCGUCGCCUUCGCGCUCGCACUCAAACGCGCUCCCCGCGCCCUUCCUCUCUCCCGUCCCAUCACCGACCUCGUCGCCCUCGUGCUCGCCCCGAAAUGCCUUCCCAUCGCCUUUCGUCUCUUCUCCCCAAUCAUUAA